UGUCCUGUACACAAAGCCCUUGAUCGUAAGUGGAUAGUACCUACCUAUAAAUACAAGGCCCUCCAGCGUUGAAUCUCAGAUCGUCCAGAACACGGACUCGAAAAUGACGUUACUGUUGUCGUGCCUGUUGCUGGCGUUGUGCCCCCUCGUGACGGGGCAUGGGUACCUGUUCGACCCUCCCAGUAGGUCUACCAUGUGGAGAAAAGGAUUCAACACUCCCAUCAACUACAACGACAAUCAGCUCUUCUGUGGCGGAAACUAUAAUGAGAACUUUGUCCAUCAUGGUAAAUGCGGAAUAUGCGGCGACCCUUGGCAAGGACCCAGGGACAACGAGGCUGGAGGGAAAUACGCGACAGGCACCAUCUCCAAAACCUACCAAUCAGGUGACAGAAUUACAAUCCAGGUCAUCGUCACAGCCAAUCACAUGGGCUGGUUUGAAUUCAAAUUGUGCCCGAACAACAACCCCGCCAAGGCAGCUACCAAGGAGUGUCUGGACGCCCACGUCUUGCACCUCACUGACAGUAACAGCACCAAAUACUACAUCACGAGCGACACCGGGCCCUUCAACAUAAACGUGCAACUUCCGUCCGGUCUCACCUGCACUCAGUGUGUUCUUCAGUGGCGUUGGAAAACAGGUAACAGUUACGGCGUUGACCCCGACGGUAGGGCGUGUAUCGGAUGUGGACUACAGGAAGAGUUCUACGGCUGCGCAGAUGUUGCCAUUACGGGCGAUGGCAGCAAUCCAAUCACAGCGCAGCCAGGAACACAGCGACCAAUCACAACACAGAAGCCAUAUCAGCCAACCCAAACACCAAAACCAUAUCAGCCAAUCGUAACAGCGCAGCCAUAUCAACCAAUCAAAACCCAGAAGCCAUAUCAACCAGUCGAAACACCCAAGCCGUACCAGCCAAUACAAACACAAGCCCCAGCGACCAACGGAGGACAGAAAUGCUUCGGGGUCAACAACUGGGCGGGUGUCCCUAGCUUAGACCGAUGGUGUACACUCAGCUGCGCAGCCGGACACUGUCUUUCAUUGUACUGUAAAUGUGUUUAAGAGACGAUGGGAUCUGCUACUCCGGACAUACUAACUGCUGUGUUACCCUCCAUAUACCAUUAACACUGCAUUGAUUAUCAGAUAGCGUCAGUAUUGUCCAUAUUUUAAAAGUGAUCUAACUGAGACUGGUAUUUACUGAAACAUAUUAUAACGUAACAAGUGUACGAAUUAUAUGUGAAUGGUUUUCGCCGAUUUGAUUUUAUUCAAAGAAACACUGGAAAUCAACUUCGUGCGUUGUACCCAAAUGGAGAAUUCGAAUACAUCGCUCUCAUUUUUUCAUUGUAGGAACACCAGCUAGAUGUGCCGUGGUAUAUCGGAAAAACUCUUCAAAGAAGCUAAAACAAAUGUUGCGUUUAUUAUUUGUUUCAGUAUAUACGAUGUAUAAUAUGUAACGAUUACCGCAGUCGUGGCAUAAUAAUUGAAGUAUUGAAAGAUGUACAUCCAUAUCGUAUCAUACAUCGCUUUUUAUUUCAGCAAACACCUGGUGUCAUCAUUAAAGUGUAAGUUUAUGAAAAUGACACAUGAAUUCAAACGGACCCCCAAUCUUGAAUUGAAGAUACACUCGACAUUAUCCCCCAGUAUUACGUCAGAAGCAACCUGGUGCUUAAAACACGAACUAAAAUUUACAUGUUUCUAAUAAAUGAGAAAUUGUA